AUGUCAUCUCUCUCCUUCUUGUUCAUCACUCGUCUCCCCCCACCUUGUUCAUCACUCGUCUCUCGCAGUCUUGUUCAUCACUCGUCUCUCGCCAUCUUGUUCAUCACUCGUCACUCUCCGUCUUGUUCAUCACUCGUCUCUCCCUGUCUUGUUCAUCACUCGUCUCUCCCCACCUUGUUCAUCACUCGUCUCUCUCCGUCUUGUUCAUCACUCGUCUCUCUCCGUCUUGUUCAUCACUUGUCUCUCCUCGUCUUGUUCAUCACUCGUCUCUCCCCGUCUUGUUCAUCACUUGUCUCUCUUCAUCUUGUUCAUCACUCGUCUCUCCCCGCCUUGUUCAUCACUCGUCUCUCCCCAUCUUGUUCAUCACUCGUCUCUCCCCGUCUUGUUCAUCACUUGUCUCUCUCCGUCUUGUUCAUCACUUGUCUCUCUUCAUCUUGUUCAUCACUCGUCUCUCCCCGCCUUGUUCAUCACUCGUCUCUCCCCGUCUUGUUCAUCACACGUCUCUCCCCGUCUUGUUCAUCACUUGUCUCUCUCCGUCUUGUUCAUCACUUGUCUCUCCCCAUCUUGUUCAUCACUCGUCUCUCCCCGUCUUGUUCAUCACUCGUCUCUCUCCGUCUUGUUCAUCACUUGUCUCUCUCCAUCUUGUUCAUCACUUGUCUCUCUUCAUCUUGUUCAUCACUCGUCUCACCCCACCUUGUUCAUGACUUGUCUCUCGCCGUCUUGUUCAUCACUCGUCUCUCCCCGUCUUGUUCAUCACUCGUCUCUCUCCAUCUUGUUCAUCACUUGUCUCUCUUCAUCUUGUUCAUCACUCGUCUCUCCCCACCUUGUUCAUCACUUGUCUCUCGCCGUCUUGUUCAUCACUCGUCACUCUCCGUCCUGUUCAUCACUCGUCACUCUCCGUCCUGUUCAUCACUCGUCUCUCCCCGUCUUGUUCAUCACUCGUCUCUCCCCGUCUUGUUCAUCACUCGUCUCUCUCCGUCUUGUUCAUCACUUGUCUCUCUCUUCAUCUUGUUCAUCACUCGUCUCUCCCCGCCUUGUUUAUUACUCCUCUCCCCCUAUCUUGUUUAUUACUUGUCUCAUUACUCGUCUCUCCCAAUCUUGUUCAACACUCGUCUCUCCCCAUCUUGUUCACUACUUGUCUCUUCCUGUCUUCUUCAUUACCCGUCUCUCGCUGUCUUAUUCUUUACUUGUCUCUCUGCCACUACUGCUCCCUGUCUUUCUUAUUUAUUAUCUCUCUCUCUCUCUCUCUCUCUCUCUCUCUCUCUCUCUCUCUACCUUGUUCAUAAUUUUCCAUCAGUCUGUCUUUCCAUAUAUUUAUUACUUUUAGUUCAUAUCUCUGCAGAAGCAGAAUGCAGGGUAGAACAAAUCAUUUUAUUUUUAAAUCAUCUAAAAGGGAUUAAUUGA